CUAAUUAAUAUGAACACCAGAAAAAAGUGGUUGACUGCUGUGCUUCCCCACCAGAGAGAAAUUCAGAAAUUUCCCACCUCUGUAAUUAAUUUUCUGCCUAACCGUCUGCCUCUUUUUCUCUCUUGCAGGCCCAAAACAUUCAGCUUAGCAAAGACAUGACCCUCGCCAGUAACCACAGCCUAGCCGAGGGAAAUCUCUUAUACCAGCCGAAAUUAGAUGCCCUGAAAGCCACGUUAACCCAAAAGUAUCAAGAGCUGCAGGUUCUCUUCGAAGCGUACCAGAUAAAGAAAACCAAGUUAGAGAACAUGGCCGAGAAGUUUCUGGACGGCGACGUUCCCUUGGACGCCUUCAUUGACGAGUAUCAGAGCCAAAGGAAAUUAGCUCACCUGCGGCGGGUCAAAAUCGAAAAACUCCAAGAGGUGGUCCUGAAAGGACCCCGGCGGCCCCCGGUGCCCCCUCCACCCGUACUUCAGACUUCAGAGGCCAACACGCCUCCUUCGGUUAUGCCUCGCCGUAACCCUCCCCCUCCCCCUCCGGCGUCCGCGGUCCCAGCAGGACGUUUCCCGACACCGUUUAUGGCGGCCAUGGGCCAUAAUCCGUACCCGUACCCUCCACUGCCCCCGAGGACGGGGGCUCCGCCACCGCCAGGCCAUGGGCCGUCGCCGGGUUACCCGAAUCCUUUUCUAGCGCUCUACCCGUCGACGCCGCCUCAGAGGCCCCCGCCUCGCCUUCCUCACAAUCCCGGUUUUAUCAUGGAAUGAAAACGCCAUUGUUGACUCUUAACUCUUCUUGUACACUGGUGCUGGCCUUUACGAGAUCCUUAAAAGCUGGAAACCCAAGCGAAGUCGUGGGGGGAAAUCUACAGGGUUCCGCGCAGGAAACAGUCAACAGCUCGCGCAACGGUUUUGAUCGUUUAUUUUUUGUUUUAAUUUAAAGAGAGAAUCGGCGUCUCCGCCCAGCGGUUUCUACGAAGAACGUCAAACCAGUGUAGAAUUGGUGAAAUGCUUCCAUGGUAGACUUGCCUUGUCCUUCCGAGGAGAUUCCAGUCACCCUGGAGCCAAAUCCCAGGAAAUUCUUCAGUUCUUUUUUAUUACUAUUAUUAUUAUUCCUUCAUUGGGAAGAAGAAGAAAAAGCAAUUCCAGAAAAUGAAAACCUCGUUCUAAUCCCCGGACGGUAGCUUUUUGAGUAUAUGUUCUGCGAACAGACUCCGCGUUGAAAUGGCAAUAAAAAAAUGACUCGUGUUGUUGGCGGCAACAAACCACGUUUAGGGACUAGCGAGCUUGCGGUUCGGAGUUAGCAAAUCUUUUUGUGCAUUAGCCGCUGUUGGGGACGAGUUGGUUUCCCCCCCCCCACUAAUGUUAUCGGGGCCCUGUUUGAGCAACAGGCUGCCAAUUUUCAGUGGGCAGGCGAGGGUGGGAAAACCGGCUAUUUGUGAAAACCUCAGGAUGUUAAAAAAAUAGCAAGCGGGGAUUUAGAUCCCGGCGGCUCUUGAGGUUAAAUCAGGAAUAUUUUAUCUGUGCCACUGGAGCUAACACCCUCCUUCUGCUUCUUGUACCUCUCUUGGCCCUACAUCCGUUCACGACUUCUGGCGUGCGAUGAGGGUUGUGUGAUCUCUGAUAUACCCUGUUUUCCCAAAAAUAAGACCUCCCUGGAUAAUAAGCCCAAUCGGAGCUUUUGAGCGCAUGCGCUAAA